AUGUACUAUAAAUGUGGUGAGAUACAUAUGACUCGUCGUAUUUUUGACCGGGUGUGGGUUAUGGAUAAAGUUAAGGGAGAGUUGAUGUUGGUUGUUUGGAUGGGUACACAUGCGGAUCAUUUUAUCGUUGCAGUUUGUGAGAAUAUGAUCAAUGGAACAGGUAUGCAGCCUGGAGACAUUCUCACAGCUUCAAAUGGAAAUACUAUUGAGGUUAACAACACUAAUGCAAUUGGUUCAGGUGUUGAUGGGUAUGACGAAAAUUGUCUCCAAAUCAAACUUUUCUUCUUGCACUUACAUGCAUUGCUGCAAUUGUUGGGCUUUUAG